AUGAGUGACAACGCUACUUUGGUUCCUCCAGCUUCAAACCAGGGUCCCACUGCCCCACGCAAGGGGCCCCCCAAGUUCAAGCAGAGACAGACUCGCCAAUUCAAGAGCAAGCCUCCUAAGAAAGGUGUGAAAGGGUUUGGAGAUGACAUUCCAGGCAUGGAGGGGCUAGGAACAGAUAUCACGGUGAUUUGUCCCUGGGAGGCAUUCAGCCACCUGGAAUUGCAUGAGCUUGCUCAAUUUGGGAUCAUCUGA